GCGACGCUUGUGAUUGGGCCAGUAUGUUCCAAAUUCGGACGCGGGAAUAUUAAGCUGAGUUUCAGCGCUUGUGCGUAGAUAACGAGGAGACACUGAAUGAGAUUACGCGUAAUAUUUGACAGUGCUUCGGUAUACGUAGAUAAAACUACCAGCAUAGUACGAUGACAUCCAUUGACUAAAUACGGAAGUGUAUUUCCGCUGCGUGAUUGUACAUAACCCCACAAUUUGUUUAAAGUAUCGAAAGUUUAGGGGUCAGAUACUAUCAUGGACUAACUUAAUAUUAGUCUCAGGGUGUUUGCAUGGGCGCUGUUCAUAUAAUCAUGUCUCCGCCGUGUAACCGAGUUAGUCCGAAGCACGUACUGUCGGUAGACGUUACGCGCAAGAUGAUGAUGUAUAUUUUAUUUUUCUUCAUUAUUGCAUUUUCUUGCGCUGUCGACUGUUCAGUGCUAGAUAAUGAAGUGCAUGAUACCAACGACGUAACAUGUGCUGUCCCAGAAACACUACGACAGGAGAUAAAGAAUUAUGAACCUGUUGUGAAUAAAAUAAUUGAUAGUAUCGUGUAUGGAAGAUUUCGGGGUAGAACGUGGAGAACACUGGCGUAUUUCGUUGACAAAUUUGGAAGUAGAAUAGCGGGUUCUGAAAAUCUAGAAAAUGCAAUUGACUUCAUGCUGAACCAGUCCUCACAAUUUGGUUUAGAAAAUGUACAUGGUGAAAAAGCUGUUGUUCCUCACUGGGUCAGGGGCAAUGAAUCUGCUGUCUUGGUAUCUCCAAGAAUUCAGAAACUGCCUAUGCUCGGUCUUGGUUCAAGUGUUGGGACACCACCAGAAGGAAUUAAAGCAGAGGUUCUUGUUGUGACAAGUUUUGAUGAGCUUCAAGAGAAAGCGUCUCUGGUUCCAGGAAAAAUUGUUGUAUUUAAUGAGCCCUUUAAAUCUUAUGGUGAAACGGUUCAGUAUCGCACCCAGGGUGCAAGCAAAGCUGCUCGCCUGGGUGCUGUUGCGACAUUGAUUCGAUCUGUUACUCCAUUCUCGCUGGCUACUCCUCACACUGGACAACAGGAUUAUGCUGACAAUGUUACACACAUUCCCACUGCUUGCAUCACUGUUGAGGAUGCUGAAAUGUUGCACAGAAUGGCCAAGAGGGGUGAUAAAUUGGUGAUACAUCUCAAGAUGGAAGCACACACUCUUAAGCCAGCUACAUCACGAAACACAAUUGCAGAAAUAGUUGGCAGUUCAGAGCCGGAGAAAGUAGUUGUCGUCUCUGGUCACCUUGAUAGUUGGGAUGUAGGACAGGGCGCCAUGGAUGAUGGAGGUGGAGCCUUCAUCUCAUGGAAUACUCUUGUUAUACUGAAGAAGCUUGGUCUGAGACCAAGGAGGACAAUCAGGUGUAUAUUGUGGACUGCUGAAGAAGAGGGACUGAUAGGAGCACAAGCUUAUGUUAAAGCCCACAAAAAUGAGACUAGAAACUUAGAUUAUGUGAUGGAAUCAGAUGAAGGCACAUUCCUACCAAUGGGACUUUCAUUUUCUGGUUCUGAAAAAGCUGGAUGCAUUCUUCAAGAAGUACUUAAACUUCUUAGGCCACUGAAUGCUAGCAAGUAUACUACUCCACAAGACGGAGGACCAGACAUAAAACUAUGGACAGAUGCUGGCGUACCUGGUUCAAGCCUUCUCAAUGCAAAUGAACAUUACUACUGGUUCCAUCAUUCGGCAGCAGAUAUGAUGACUGUGGAAGACCCACAUGCUCUCGACUUAUGCACUGCGGUUUGGACUGCUGCUGCUUAUGUAAUUGCAGAUAUAAGUACAGAUCUUCCAAGGUAGUCAUUGUGUACAAAGACGGUCCAUAAGUGAAAAUUAUCAAUAUACCGUAGUGUACAAAGUAGUAUUUCUCCAUGGAAAUCAGAGAAAUGGUCAAUGCUUUUAUGUUUUCCAAAAUUUAAAUUAUUUGUCGUUAUAGUGUGAAGACAGGGAUUGGCUGUACCUACUAAAAGUGUUUGCUGUAGGGUUGGAAGAAGAAAACAAAAUACCUGUAAAUAUGACUCUGAGCUUGACCUUCUCUUAAAAUCAUUUUAUAAGUUUUUUUUCUGUUUCAUUUCUACUUCCCUUCAAAUUUGUGUAGCUAUGCUGUCACCAUGUUUAACUUUUUCUGAAGAAAGAUCUUUGUCAUUCAAGAAAAUCAAGAUGCAGUUAUUUCAAAUGCUGUCAGCAUUACAACCAUUUGCUUGGUUGAGUACAACUAGUCUAUCUGUUUUUGUUGUCAUGUAUAGUGUAAUCUUUGAUUGUUAUUUUCAUGUUUCUGACUUGUUUAUUUAAUAUGUUAGUAACUGAAUUAGUAAGAUUAUUUUAGUUUACUACACAUUUAACCAGGUGAAACUGUGAUAUUUUUAUUCCUAUUUGUGAUGCUAUUUAUGAAAAAUGACUGUUCCUUGUUGCAGUAUUAACAUUAAGAGUAUGAAUAAUGUCUCUUACUCUUCACAAUACACUGAAUCACUUAAUGGUGUCCUUA